AUGCUAGCGAAUCGCGAUAGCAUUCAAUCUGAGGGUGUCCUAAAGCUCAUGAGUUCGUGUAACCUUCCAAAAGGGAAUAUGUUAGCAUACGCAGUAACAAAAGUGAAAAUGGAAAAGUACGACAUUGGUCGGUAUCAACUUGAUCUGCUGAUGCAUAGUUAUUCUAUGAGGCUAAAUGGCAAAAAGCUUGCGAUCCAAAUUCAAACGGAAGAUCCGCUCAAUAGCUCGAGGGUAGAGUAUGAACGAGAACAGGAAGCAAAAGAAACUGACACUGUGAAAAAUGUUCCAGGAUCUGACAAAGUCGAAUCGAUGGACGAUGCUGCUCCUCAGACUGUCAAGACGGCAACAAUCAACGUGAAGACGAUGAAAAGAGCCGAUGGUACUUAUCCUCCUUGGAUGACUGGAAACCACAAAAAUAAAUUGAGUAAGCAGAACAAAGCAGCAAAGAAGAAGAGGUUGCUAAAGACGAAGAGCAGGCGAUAG